AAGAGAGAAAAGAAAGACAGAGAUAAAGAGAAAGAAAGACAGAUAGAUAGAGAGAGACAGAAAGAGAAAUAGAGAGAAAGAAAGACAGAGAUAAAGAGAGAGAGAGAGACGCGCGCGAAAAAGAGAACCGAAGCACCAACUCCGAAGCCCCGAAAUCGGAUCCGAAGCCCCGCGACUCCUCCCCGUCCUCCCCGAAGCCCCGACUGCUCCUCCUCCAAGAUGGCGAUCGCACACAUCAUCAACUCUAUCCCCAUCGCCACGGACGUCUUCACCGCGACCCUGUGGUUCUUCCCCGCCCUCCUCGCCGCCAUCGCCUACUACAAGUACGACGAGAUCGACCCCGAGUCUAGGCCUAUCAACCAGGAGAGGCUGUUCAAGGAGUACGACUUUAUCAUAGGUGAAUGCAACUGGCCCCGAGGCAAAGUAAUGGGCGGCUCCUCAGUCCUCAACUACAUGCUGUAUGUGCGGGGCAACCGGCGGGACUACGACUACUGGGAAGCCCUCGGGAACCACGGCUGGGGCUUCGACACCAUCCUGCACUACUUCAAGAAAUCGGAGGAUAAUAGGAAUCCUUAUAUUGCUCGGAAUCUGAAGUACCACGGCACCGGAGGCUAUCUGACGGUGCAGGAGGCCCCUCGGGGAGGACGCACUCGCCACCGGCCGUUCGUCGAACGGAACAGAGACUACAACGCCGAAUACCAGACAGGCUUCAUGAUCCCCCAAGGAACCAUCAGGCGAGGCUCAAGAUGCUCGACCAGCAAGGCCUUCAUCCGGCCCGUCAGAUUGCGCAAGAACCUCCACGUCGCUAUGUACUCUUUCGUGACAAAGAUCCUCAUCGACGAAUACACGAAGCGUGCGUACGGCGUCAAGUUCCUGAGGAACGGCAGGGCGCACGUCGCUCACGCCCGGAAGGAGAUCAUCGUCUCUGCGGGAGCCAUCAACUCCCCCCAACUCCUCAUGCUGUCGGGAAUUGGACCCAAGAACCACCUCUACUCGCACGGGAUCCCCGUCAUCCAGGACCUCCCGGUGGGCCACAACCUGCAGGACCACAUCGGCACGGGCGGCCUCGUCUUCCUGAUCGACCAGCAGGUGUCGCUCGUGCAGACCCGGUACGAGAACCUGCCUUCGGUUCUCAAAUACGCCAUGUUCGGUUCUGGUCCCCUCACUGUCCUCGGCGGCGUUGAGGGCAUCGCCUUCGUCAAGACCAAGUUCACCAACUACACCGACGACUGGCCGGACAUCGAGUUCCACUUCAUCUCGGGCUCUCCGGCGUCCGACGGCGGGAGGCAGAUCAGGAAGGUGCACGGACUCUCGGAGAAGGUGUGGCAGCAAAUGUUUAAGCCCAUAUCCUUCCGCGAUAGUUGGUCGGUGUAUCCUAUGCUCCUGCGGCCCAAGUCCCGAGGAUACAUCACCCUCCGCUCGGCCAGUCCUUUCGACAAGCCAUAUAUAACCCACAACUACCUGACUGACCCCCAAGAUGUCAAGGUUAUGAUUGAAGGCAUCAAGAUCGCCCUCGCCCUCGCCGAAACCAAAGCCUUCAAGAAGUUCGGCUCCCGCUUCUACACUCGCCCGAUGCCCGGCUGCGAGUACGCGACGCCCUGGACCGACGAGUACUGGGAGUGCCUAGCCCGGUCCUACACCUCGACCAUCUAUCACCCGGUGGGAACUUGCAAGAUGGGGCCGUACUGGGACCCCGAGGCCGUCGUCGAUCCGGAGCUCAAAGUGUACGGAAUCUCGGGACUGCGAGUGGCUGACGCGUCCAUCAUGCCGACGCUGGUAUCCGGAAAUACCAACGCCCCCGUCAUCAUGAUCGGCGAGAUGGUAUCGGACAUGAUCAAGAAAUACUGGGCCGGCAAGAAGAGAUAACAUCGCCCGCCAGCCUUCGUAGCGCCGCCAUGUUUUUUGGAUCCAGUUCGAUCCGUAGAAAUGUUCAAAUUUUGAAAAAUUUUGCUUAUGUUCGUGAUUUUUUGUUUUUGAUGUUUCGAUUUUUUUAAGUUCUUGGUUUUGGUACCACAAAGGACGCGCUGUGUGUUGUCUGUAGUGCGAUGAUGCCCAAGCCCUCUCGCGAGAAACUGCGAGACCCGGGCGACUUUGUCCUGAAAACGAAGGAGAACAAAGCGAACAUACUCUGUACAAAGAAGACGUGAUUGCCAAAAGUGUACUUUUUGCUCAAUGCCUAAAGCCUCUCGCAAGACCCCGGGCCCAGUGGGAGUGUCGGGGCCUCGGGGCAUUCUGUGCUCCCCGCGAGGCCGUUCGAGGAGCCUGGGCCUCAGGGCCAGAUCGAAGGAGAGAAGGGUGAAGAGGAGCCACUGUAAGUGGCGAGGGAAAGACUCCCGGCGGGAGGAAAGUGAAUCUGGUCAUGACAGACUAGCUGCGGGAUCAUGCGCGCCUUCUGGAAGUGCAGUGAAGCUCAGCGCCAGGCGAGACUUCGGGAAUUAGAUGACCCUUGGAAUGGGUGGAGUUCGCGGCUUCGGGAAUUAGACUAACCCUUGGAAUGUGGGAAGUUCUCGAGCGCAGAGUGACGUCGCAAGUCAAAGGUGCGAUGCGCAGCGGCGUCCCGGAGGCAGACAUGACUUGCAAAGGGGCCAAAGUGAUGAUCAUGAAAUGAUAUAAAAAAUGAUAAAGAACAAAUUUCAGAUGAGAAUGAUAUCCAGAGAUCCAUCAAGAUCUAAUCCAAGACACAAGAGGUUCAAAACCCCGCGAAUGUCAGCCCUUCCCUCCCUCUCCACCUUGCUCGAACGUCACCCGGAGUUAUGAAUGGGCGAAGGGUCGCGUAAGGGAGAGGCCAUUCAUAAAACGAGCAGUCAUUGUAGUACAGAAAUCCGCCUUUUAUUCCAUCUGUUUCCGUCUCGUCCUCGCAGAUGGCGAGCUGGAAUUGCCAUCUGCGUGAAUCGGCAAUGGAAUUUGUUGAUUUUAGAAGUCUCUACCUCCACGAGAAUCACCUGUGACUCAUGAACUGUUGACUGGUUUUCCAGUCGACUCAUUACUGCAUGUUCAUGCCAUUGACUGCGUAGUUUUGUUGAUUAGUAACGCUAUUAUUAUUUUUUGUUGUUUUAUUAAAUGCUUCAUUUCUAUUCGCUUCUUCAUGUCAUUCAGUUGAAAGGUCAUCUUACCAGUCUUCUUCAUUUUGUUUUAUCAUGGGCAUAUGUUUGUAUAUAUUUGUUGUGUUAAUAUAUAAAUAUGUAAGGAUUUGAAAGAUUUUUUUUUUCUUUUCUGUCGUUUCCGAGAGGAUUAGUGAAGGAAAAAAAUGUAAAAAGAGAGACACUUUCUUUCUUAAUACUUCGGUAAUUUUUCUCGUCCAAAGAUUGUCGUAGGCUUUUUAAAACCAAUGUAACGUCGCACGGGGAAGGUGCUAACCUUGCUUCAGUCACUCGUAACGUGCCAUGCCUAGAACUUAAGGUGUCUGAAUGGUCGCAGUAACAGGUGGUUUGUGUCAUCACCUUCCUUGUUUGUCUGUGUGCUCCGGCAGGUGUCCGGACCGCAAAGGGGGGCUGUGGGGUCUACUGUGUACUAAACAGGGUUUUUUUCUUUUUUGUUAGAGUUAGUGACGCUGUUUGUGUUUUACUCAUUUGUUAAUCUCGUUUUAUGUCUCUGCUCUUUUCCUCUCUUCUUUUCUUUUCUAUUCUCUCUCUCUCUCUCUCUCUCUCUCUCUCUCUCUCUCUCUCUCUCUCUCUCUCUCUCUCUCUCUCUCUCUCUCUCUCUCUCUCUCUCUCUCUCUCUCUCCUCACCUCCUCUUCCUCAGUCUGCCUUCCAGCAUUCCUCCACAUUCAUAAACACUUUAUCAGGGAUGUUCCCAAACGAGGCAGGGACGACAGCCACGCCCUGCACGUGGCUGCCCGCGCCCUGCCGCCCAUGCCUUCCGAGAGCGCCCUUCUCAGCACCAGAAUACGUUUCCCUUCAGGAACUUCAGCGGUAACGUCCAUGACGAAGAAGACAAUUUUCCAUAACGUGUGCGAGAUCUGUAAAUUAUUUCCCAGAAUAAAAUGUUAACUUUGAA